UCUACCGUGUGGUUUCUGGUUUGGUACUAUCUACCGUGUGGUUUCUGGUUUGGUACUAUCUACCGUGUGUUUUGUCGUCCUCUGGUGGCUCUGUUUCUGUAAGAAUAAGAUGUGUUCUCUGUUGUAGGUUCGAUUGAAUACUGGAGAUAGCUAUAUACUGGCAAAAACUUAGUCAACAGUAUUGUUGUAUUUGUUUAUAAUUCAUUGUAUCAUAAAUAAUCUGCAAUUCAAACUGAGUGAUGUGACUCGAGAACAAUUCGAGACUUCUUAGGUCACAUGAGUGGAAACAGAAGCUAAUGUUAGCCCGCAGACGCACCUAUCAGAUGUUGUUCGAGGGAGAAGCUGCUAGGCUAGCUAACUGCUGUUGAAGACCAUCCUAGGGGGACAGCUACAAAAAAAGCUAUAAACUAUCACAGUCGUUCAAAACUUGGCAACGCUCGUUGAAUGUUGACCACGGUUAAGAUAAUGACCGACACGAAACAUAGACACAUGUGACCAAGCAGCUAAUGUCUAUAGCACAUGAUCCUGGCCAGCUGGAGGCUUCAAUAAUUCACGGGUUUCAGAAUAUCUACACUGAGUAGUAAAGGUCCUAUUUUCCAGAGGAAGAGACCACGUUUUGUUAAGAGCCAUGGCCACCAAGUCAUCCCUGCUGAAAGUCAUCCUGCUAGGAGACGGAGGAGUGGGGAAGAGCUCCCUCAUGAACCGCUACGUCACCAACAAGUUUGACACGCACCUCUUCCACACCAUCGGAGUGGAGUUCCUCAACAAGGACCUGGAGGUGGACGGUCGUCUGGUCACCAUGCAGAUCUGGGACACGGCGGGACAGGAGCGUUUCCGCAGCCUCAGGACUCCCUUCUACCGCGGCUCCGACUGCUGUCUGCUCACAUUCAGCGUGGACGACAACCAGAGCUUCCACAACCUGGCCAACUGGAAGAAGGAGUUCAUCUACUAUGCCGAUGUCAAGGAGCCCGAGAAGUUCCCCUUCGUGGUGCUGGGGAACAAGGUGGAUGUGUCGGAACGGCAAGUUUCUGCUGAAGAUGCCCAACAGUGGUGUCGGGAAAAUGGCAAUCACCCUUACUAUGAAACCAGUGCCAAGGAUUCCACCAACGUAACCAUAGCCUUUGAGGAGGCAGUGAGGAGAGUGCUGGCCAUGGAGGAGAGGGCAGACCACCUCAUCCCCACGGAYACAGUCAACCUCCACAGACAGCCCCGCUCCAGCACUUCCUGCUGUUGACAACGUGUAGGGCUUACCCAGUGCUUGACUUGGACUGAAAGAGGUGCCAGUAUUCAUUUUGGGUGCCGGUACUGUUUACAUUUAGGURCAGGAGCUCCACAAUACUUUUGAACUAAUAUUCUAUAAAAGUGGAACAGGAGCCCAAGCAGUAGAACAUUUUGAGGUGCCGGUACUCCGUUCUGUUGAGCUCCUGCCCAAGUCAAACACUGGUUAUACAACUUAUAAAGAACUGGAGCUAGGAGGACACACAGGCGUAUUUAUUAACACUCAUGCUCUCAAGUACAGUAAGCAAGCACUGGCUAGUGUCCGUGGAUGAUAUUCCAAUGGGUUUGUUGGUCUUGGGACUCAUUGAAUGUAAAGUGGGUACUGAAGAAGAGUAUUAUUUUUGUCAGAUUCCACCAAGAAAUGCAUUAUAAUUUAAAUCAGUGCAAUCUUUGAAUUAUACAUAUUGUCUUAAAAUAUCACAUUUAUAUUACGCCAUCAAUGUGGUUGCCAGAAAUACAUUCACACAAGCAUUGCUUCCUGUUCAUAUUACACAGCCAGAAAGAAGUUMAUUUUUUUGUAGAAAGGUUUUCUUACACUGUGACUGAAACCAAGGUUGAGAUGAGCGGCCUUACCAGUGAAAGUAUCAUAAUUGAUUCCAUUCAAAAMAUAUUGCGGACCAUAUGUAAAUAUAAUCCCACCCAAAUGUGAUACAGUAGAAGCAAGUCACUUUUAAUCAUCAAUUGAGUUGAAAUGGGAUUAGGUAAAAAAAAAAAAUCCAAACAUAAUAUAUUAAUAUUUAUUACAACAAAUGUUAAUACAAAGCAGAGUAAUUUAUGCAGUCUUCAUUUGAAAAAGUUGAAGCACUAAUCUAGCAUCACUACUUUAUAGUACAGAGAGAAAUCUAAGCAGAAAUGAAGGUUGAGGAUUUCUUACUCUAUUACUUACUUACUCUUACUUUAUCAUAUAAUAUUAUUGGUGCUGGUAGCUGAAUUUCCUGGCCUUGCGAUAUCUGCACAACAUACCAUAAUGAAUGACUUAUCAUUAUGCAAUGGACACAAUGUUCAACACUUGCACAGGACGAGSUGAAAUUAUAAAUAUUAAAUGAAUAAAGAGUUCUUAUGCUGCAUGACAUUCUGCUCUCUACCAAUAAGUUAGUACAGAACCUUGUUUUUACCAUUACAGAAUUACAGAUGGUUAACUGUAAUUAACAGAUGGGUGAUACAUUAUGAACUUGGAGAUGGUGGUGGAUAUGAUAAACCAUGGUUAAUGUAUGUACCUGUCCAUUUUUUUUUCUUCUAUGGGCGUCUUAUCUAACAUGUAUUUUCUUUACAUUUAUGGAGAUCAAUUUCAUUUUCUUACACACUAGUAUAGUUUUAAUACUAAACUUUGAUUUCAACAAUCAUUGCUUAUUGAUUUUACAGUAUUGUACAUCCUCACAAAAUAAGAGUGCUGAGAACAGUUUUCCUUGCUCAGCUUUUAUAUCAUUUUGCUACAGCAGUGUUGUCCAGAAUGACUGGMAUGCAAGUUGAAUGAAAAAUGCUAUUUGAAUAAAAACAGUCCUUGAAUGAA